UUAUUUGGAACCCCUGCAGAAGAAAGGGGUAGUGGAAAAGUCGUUUUAAUUAAAGCCGGUGCAUAUGAGGGAGUUGAUGUUUCAUUAAUGCAUUUAAUUUCUGCCAUAUUUUUUCAAUUUUCAAUUGCUAACACAAUGAUUGAUGAAUUUAUUAGUUCGAUAAGCGGAGGUUUUAUACCUUUUCUAGCGAUUCGUCGUGCAGAUGUUGAAUAUUUUGGGAAAGCUGCACAUGCUUCGG